UGGAUUGUACGGGUUUAGGGCGGAGCGUGGUCGGUAGGUUACGGAGAGACUCGAGGUAACAGCGGACACUUCGUGUAGUAACGGCUGUUUCCAAAUGGCAACGAAGGCGGACGAGCAGCGGGAACCGGCGGACGUCGCUGCGCUGUCGCCGCUCCACGGCACCAGAAUCCACCACAAUAGUAAUAACAACAACAAUAACAACAACAACAACAAAGACAGCGAGGCGAGCGAGACCGCGACGUCCGCCACCGCCGCCAGCACGACGGAGUCCGGCGGGACGGCGUCGCAGAGCAUCGGGAACGGCUCGGUAAUCAACCCCACCGGGGGGAACAACGGGAAGUGGGUCCGGCUGAACGUCGGCGGCACGGUGUUCCUCACGACGCGGCACACUCUGCUCAAAGAACAAACUUCAUUCCUGUACCGGCUGUGUCAGCAGCAGGACCUACACUCAGACACGGAUGAGACGGGAGCCUACGUAAUCGACAGAGACCCCACAUACUUUGGUCCCAUCCUAAACUACUUGAGACACGGCAAGCUGGUGUACAACAAGGAGCUGGCUGAAGAAGGUGUCCUGGAGGAGGCUGAGUUUUACAACAUUACCCCACUGAUCAAACUCAUCAAGGAGAGGAUCGUGGAGAGAGACUCCAAAGCCACGCAGCAGGUGCCCCCCAAGCACGUCUACAGAGUGUUGCAGUGUCAGGAGGAGGAGCUGACCCAGAUGGUCUCCACGAUGUCGGACGGCUGGAAGUUUGAGCAGGUCAGCGUGCGCGCCUGCAGAAAGCCCCGCACCGGACUGCUCUGGACUAUGGUGAACAUCGGCUCGUCAUACAGCUACGGGACAGAGGACCAGGCUGAGUUUCUAUGUGUCGUAUCAAAGGAGCUUCACACUCCUGGUUCUGGACUGGGCACGGAGCAGAGUCACAAAACCAAGCCGGCGGAGAUGCAGGAGGAGGAGGAGGAGGCUGCGAAGGAUGAGGAGCAAGAGCAGGAGGAGGAGGAGGAGGAGGGAGAGAGAGAUACCAGACCGAAUGAGUGGCUUAGAGAAUGAGGGAGUCAUGUUUCUUUGUUCCAAAGAGAGGCGGGAAUGGGUGAGGAACUGUGCGCUGGAUGUGCUAGAGGGUAGACCUGGUAGAUUUUAGUGUGUGUGGGUUUGUAUGUGUGUGUAUGUACACAUGUCUAUGGUGGUCGUUAUUGUUUUAUGUCACCGCAUUGAGAAUGACCUCUGUUUAAGUUUACCCAGUGCACACUCAAACAAGCAAAUACAAGUAGAUGUACAAAGCAGUGAAAAUACUAAAACCAUACACUGACUUAACCCACAGCUUAAAUAAUGGCAUUAACAUUGUUUGUGUAAAACCUUUGUUCAUAUGAAUCUGAUUUUGUUUAUCCACAUAGGACACAUCUCGAGGCUUUGACAAUGACCAUGCCUAGUAAUCUGCUUGCAUUUAAAAAGCCUGCACAGGCAAAGGCGUUUGCAGCACCGCUAAUGACUCAAUUCAAAGCAACACUUUGCACAUGCGAUACAGUUUGCUGAUUGGCUGUUGGAUGAAAAUGUAAUUCCGUCACGCUGUUAGUCAUGACCUGCAGCAGCUUGUGUCUGAGUGUGAAUAUGGACAUGCUCAGUCUGGUCUCUCAGUGACCCAUCACAGCCACACACAUAUUGAUUGAACACUGUGUCUCUGUGGGCUCUCAUUACCAAUGCUGUGACAUGAAUAUCUCUGACCUUUCAGUGUAGCUGUAGUGUUGGAUGUCCUUCCCAGUCUGUGUGCAUACUGUAUUUACAUUCACAAUGCACAGUCACUCAGAGGAGAUAACACCCUGAGAAACCACUUUCAAACAUGGACGUCAUGCAUUUUAAACAUGGUUAAAACGUGUCAUUCUCAUGUCAGUCAAGUCAUUAGCUCGCAUUCUGUCUCCAUAAUCGCAGCCAAAAUAUCCUUUCAGUUAGCUAGAAGGUUUUAAGGUUACAUUGCCACGGAUCCACAUUUUCUGAUGUCUGAUUUUUGUUUUUAAUUUACAGCUUUUCCAGAUCCACGGGUCCCGGAUGUGAAAAAAAAAAAAAAGAAUAUAACUUUUAUCUUGGCUCAUUAUGACACUCACACAGUGUAAGUGUGCCUCAACAGGCGGUCAUCAAAAACAAGAUCUGUAGCAUCGGUUUAUUUACAUAAUGCCAGUUAUAAAGAUGGCCAAAAAGGAAGAAGAAUAGGUUAGUCUCACAGCUUUAUUUUCAAGUAGUUUUCUUUUUCUUUUCAGUGACACUCAUUUUAUGAGAAGAAAUCGUCAUAUGCUGGGCUGUGCAAACAUUACAUUGCCAAGGACAGUAGUGGAGCUUAGUAAAUUAUGACCAAAGAUUCAAAGUAAAGCCGGCUGAUCCAAGGUGCUGCAUACACAAACAUGACAGAGAAUCUGAAAUCUGCCUUCAUCACUCAGUGAGGAGCUUUUUCUGCAUCACUCCAAUCUGAUCAAUCUUAAAUGGAGUGCAGGGAUCUGAUUACUCCUGUACUGUGCAACUUUGGAUGCAGUUGUUCCCAAGAUCUUUAACUUCAUGCCCAUUUAUCUCCGAUGUUGCACAAGGCUGCUUCGGUAAACAAUCCCCUUGGCAACAAAAACACAAUAUCUGCAGUGAUCCCAUCAACUGUUAACUUUCACUUAACCAUAAAGCUUGUAAAGAAUAACUGAAUGAUGACUGAAUCAUUUGUUGUCCAAUGCUGGUUUAAUCUUCAGGUAUUAGAUGUUAUUAAGCCAGUGAUUGGUUUGUUUGGCUUUUAAUCGAUGGAUGGAAUCAGUGUAGCUGAAGACAGACAAGGGGAUUUGUUCGUAUCCAAGUAUUUACUCAAAAUAAUGCAAAGAUUUUAUCUGGCUACAGGAAGACUGAAAGAUAAUAAGAGUCUGUCUAUCAGAGCUCAAAGCAACAGCAGUUACACUCACGCUGCCCCUCCAGCAUCAACACCCUGCGGUGUGCUGAUACACACCUGCAUCACCAUGUGCCGGUGCAGGCUCAGCAGCAUUCGUCUCAGUCUGUCGCCUUGGCUGCAAUCCAAAGGCAGCUUUGGCCUCAGCUGACAGAGACGCUGGCAUGAGUUAGCAAAGAGUGUAAGAGAGACUCAGAGAGAAGGAGGGGGGGGACAAACUGAGCAGGAGAGGGUGACACAGCAGUGUGAGGUGAAGCUACUCUCCUCUGUUGUUUUCUUUGUCAGUUCAGAGAGAGGACAGCUCACAGCUCCUACUUUCAACAGUGUGCUGAUCUGCCGCAGUGCAGGUGUGUGAUUGAGGGAGGUUUUUUUAGAAGCAGUGACUUACAUAACACGUGACUUCUAACAACCUCUAUUGGCAACUUGUAGGAACUGCACCACAGAUCAGAUGUGUAUCCUGUGUCUGUCUGUAGAACAAACCCUGACAGAUGUUUUUGUAAAUGUGCAUAAUGGAAUAAAAUAGGUUUUAGGUGUAGUUUGGCAAAUACACCUGCCGCAGGUUUUUGACUUUACAUUUACUGUAAAUGGACUUGGAAAACUCUAGCAGUGUGGUCGUUGAAUGCCUGAUAGUAAGGGUCAUGGCUUAAAGAAAACAAGGUUUUAACAUUUUUAACAGCAGGUUAGAAAAUAUGUAAAUAAGCAUUUUAUGUACAAUUUAUUUACAAUAACCCCGUGUUAUGUCAUAGCUUAUCAGAAAACAUCAUAAAAUAAAACAGAAAUGUCACAGAGCAGAAGCUAAUGGAAGUGCAGCAAGACGAACAAUAAAAUACAUAAAAUAUUCUUCAGUUCAUUCACAAACAACCAUAACAGUAAAACAGGAACAACAAGGGUUACCAUUCAGAGUUACCUAGGCCGGCUUGUUAGCCAUGUUGACUUUCCAAAUUCAUGUUAGCCAGCUACACUCGCUAUACCCUCCAAUAAGUGUGUGUCUACAUGAUACAGCUUCGCCUAAUCCCAUCAUUCCGUUCUGUGAUCGAUUCAUUUUCCUUGCCUAAAGGUUUGCCAUCACGGCUUCCUGUUUGGUAGCUCUUUCUCCCCAGAGCCAUGAACUUUUUCUCACAGAGGGCUUCAGAAGCUCAUGCUCUAUGUAACAGUCCAUGUGGAGUUAUUGUUUUAUCCCAAACCCUGAGCUGUUCAUGCACCAAUGAAGUAGUUUUCAGCACUGACAUGGUUAAGGUUUCUCAAACGGGGCUAAAAGCUGCUUUCGGUUUUUAAACUUCUGAGUUCAACAACUUUUGUUCCAUUUCUUCUCACACAGUAGGUUAUUGGUUUUUGGGCUUUGGCGGAGUGGUUUGAGAAUCUAUUGACCGUAAACUAUGAGUAGGUUUGUACUUUGCUAGCAUUAACUAUUGUGCACUUACUCUUCAACACUGCAGUUUUUUGUCCCUGUCCACUGAGCAGAGAGAUUUUCUCUGCAGCCAUAUUUGAGAACCAUUUGUGGUUAGCCCAGCUCACGUCAGCCCUCCCCCUCCCCCCUACAGGUUAGCUCCAGUUAAAACUGACUGCCCGGAUUGAUAAAGAGUAGGGACGCCAAUACACUCAAACUGUUAAACCCAGGCAAUAAUGAAGUCACAUUACGAGACAAUCCAACUUUAAGAACAUUGUCUGCGACUUCUUUGAUAUAAUUUUGAUGAAUAAAUCUGAAAAAAAAGCCUUCAAAUACAACAUGGUGUGUCUGUGUGAUGCGUAAGAGAAAGUGUGAGAGGUAUUUCACCUGUAAGAGAAAAACAUCCUGGACCUCUCCGGUCUCUCCCGACGUGCUUUCAGCUGAGUUAGCAGAUUUUAGAAUAGUGACGUUAUCAUGCUUGUGAUAAUCAUUACACACAUUAGAAGGAGGAAGAAGACUGAAAGAGACACGAUGUGAUAUGAUGUUUAUAAUUGUAUAAAAUCUUUUUUUUUUUUUUUUUUGGUUGUCGCCUGUUUAACUUGGAUCGUUUGGUGCCUUGAGUCCAAAUUCCUCCGUGUCAAAGUGCUCACAGGAGUUCAUACAAGCGUUAAUAAAUAGCUGAGUUAUUCAUUGUGUCGACUGAUGUGUAGUUUACAAUCUCACUGAGGUUCGUUAUUUGUGUGUUUUUUCCUCCAGUACAGAUUUGCUGUAAGAAUUGUAUUUUUCGAUAAGGAUACAGAGAAAGUACACUGAUAGGCUAACGGGGUGUUUUGUAUAUAAUGUCAUGCUUUUUUUUAUAUUUUUUUGUACUUUCAGUUGUUUAAUUUAUUCUUUUUGAAUGUUACACUUCAAAGAAUUUUUUGACUUUUUUUCCAGCGUGUGUGACUGGGAGGCGGUUUACACCAUCUUUAGGUGACUUCUGUGUUUUUUUUUGUAAUUAACUUCAACAGUUUAUAGAUCUUGAUUUGUUAGUUUUACUGAAUAUGAUGCACACACAUGCUGAUGAAUGGACUUUCAUCAAGAUAAGAAUUCCUCUCAAGUGAAAGCCGCUCUACAAUGAAACUUUCUUAUGCAUGUCCAGUGACUUUGUUUGGUUUGCCGGCUGUUUUUACUCGUUUACUAUUUGUUCAUCUGCUGAACAGUAGAGUUGUGUUUUUAUGUAGUAUUUGAUGUGUCAAAGUCAACAUAGCAGUCCUAUGUCAUCAUUCUGUGGGGGAGGGGGAACUUUCAGGCAGCUGUGGAUAGAAAACAGUUUUUUAUCUGAUGCUGGACUUUUCUUCUUCUGCCAUCCUUAGAGCCUCAGUGUCUGUAAACAUGAAACUGUGUGACACAUGCAAUGUAACGCCUCAAAUCAACCUGUACGGGCUUUAAGGAACACUGUGUUUUCAUUUCAUUAUCAGGACCUGAGCAACAUACAUUUGCAACAAUGUGACAUGAGUUGAAUAUUUUUUAUUUAAUAUAAAUGAAUGUCACCAUUCAACAAAAAUAAAUCUUUGUCCUUUGGUUUAAAAAAAAUGAAAA